AUCGCGUAAAAUCCAUCCGGCAACGUCGCAAAUAUAUUGUGAAACGUCAACUGUAUUCCUAAGUGAAAUAAAAGUAAAUGUCAAAAUGUUUCAUUGUGAGGAUCGAUUGCGAGAUAAAGGAAAAUUUGUUAAGCAAAACGUCCUCAAUAAACGCAAAAAAUCAAUUUUGGCUAUGAAUAAUGCCAAAAAAUUGAGAAAGGAAACCCCAAACGUGGAAAAUAACCUAUGCAGUGGUCGACGCAUCGUGGAAUUACAGGAGUUGGGAAAACAUUUAAAAUGUUGCAGGUGUGAAAGAGUUCUUUCUCUUGAAAAUACUACAAAUGAAACACGAAAGGGCCUUUAUUCAAUUUUAAAUGUUAAAUGUAAUGAAUGUAAUAUUGAUACUAUAGUACCUACGGGGAAAGUUCAUACAACAAAAAGUGAAGUUAAGCAUUCAGAUGUCAGCACUAAAGCAGUUCUAGGUGCUGUCCAUUCAAGGUUUGGUCAAACUGCUUUAAAUAAAUUUCUUGCUGUCAUGAACGUUCCUACGAUAUCAUGGAGUUUAUAUAAGAGAUAUGAAAGAGAAAUCGGUCCAGCAAUAGAAGAAACUGCAAAAAAGAGUUGCAGUGCAGCAGAAGAACGUUAA